GCCGAUGCUGGCCACGGCAAUCUCGUGACUGGCCUCCCCCGCUUUGCGCCCGUAUCCUCCGCGUCCACCGGGGUCGUCCUCUCCUUCUCCUCCUCCCUCCUCCUCCACCUAUCUCGACCCAAUACUAUGUCGCUCAACCGCUCAAGUUCGGCCGGUGGCAAGACGGUCGACCUCGAGAAGGACGACGCCUCUUCCGGCGUGCGCGCUGCUCAAGCCAACGUCGACGCUACCAGCACCGACGUCUCCGCGAGCGAGAACCGCAGGAUCCUGCGCAAGAUCGACCUGCACAUCAUGCCGCUCAUGUGCGCCGUGUACCUCAUCCAGUUCCUCGACAAGACAUCUCUCAGUUACGCCGCCAUUAUGGGCCUGCGCGAGGACAACAACCUGUCGCUCAGCGAGUUCUCCUUACUUUCGUCGAUAUUCUACAUCGGAUACCUCGUCGGGCAAUGGCCGACCAACUGGCUCCUGCAGCGGCUCCCGCUCGCCAAGUACACGGCCGCCAACAUCAUCGUGUGGGGCGUCGUCCUCGCGUGCACGGCCGUCACGACCGACUUCAAGGGCCUCAUGGUCGUUCGCUUCUUCCUCGGCCUGUUCGAGUCCUGCGUCAGCCCGUCGUUCGCCCUCGUGACCUCGAUGUGGUACCUCAAGAAGGAGCAGGGUUCGCGCACGGGCAUCUGGUUCGCCCAGAACGCGGUCGCCAACGCGCUCGGCUCGUUCCUCGCCUACGGCCUCGCCAAGCACGAUCUGGCGGGCGACUUUACGAUCCCGGGAUGGCAGAUCCUGUUCAUCCUCCUCGGCGGCCUCACGGUCGUGCUCGGCCUCGCCGUCCUCUUCUUCCUGCCCGACACGGUGCGCUCGGCGCGCUUCCUGUCGCACGAGGACCGCCUCGUCGCCGUGCGCCGCAUCAAGAGCAACCAGACGGGCGUCGGCUCAAAGGUUCAUAAGUGGUACCAGGUCAAGGAGGCGCUCCGCGACCCGCUCACGUGGCUGUACUGCCUGUACGCCCUCGCCGUCAACGUGUUCAACGGAGCGAUCACCUCAUUUUUCAGCAUCCUCAUCAAGGCGCUCGGGUUCAACGGCCUCGACUCGCUCCUCUUGUCGGCACCCGGCGGCGCCGUCCUGUUCAUCGGCGUCAUCAGCCUCAUGUACCUCGGCGACCGCUUCAAGAAGCGCCUCUUGUUCGGCAUUGUCGGCCUCAGCAUCGGCCUGCUCGGCGUCCUCCUCAUCUGGCUCCUCCCGACGAGCGUCCAGGUCGGCCGCCUGAUCGGCUACUACUUGUCACUCGUGGCGACCGUCGGCUUUAUCGUGAUCCUCUCGCUCAUCAGCUCAAACGUGAGCGGGAGCUCAAAGAAAACGACGACCUCGGCCAUGUUCUUCAUCGCGUACGCCGUCGGCAACCUCAUUGGUCCGCAGACGUUCCGCGCGCAGGACGCACCGCGCUACGGCCCGGCCCUCGCCACCUUUACGGGCGUCAUCGCGUUCGGCAUCGUCGACCUCGCCCUCAUCUGGUUCCUCAACGUACGCGAGAACCGCCGCCGCGACGCGCUCGCGCUCGAGAGCGAGGGCAAGGGUGCGAGCGGGCAGCAGCAGCAGGGCCAGGACGCCGACGAGCUCGACUUGACGGACCGUGAGAAUUUGGCGUUCCGGUACGUCUGCUGAGCGCGUACGCCGAGACGCGCGUGCGGGUCCUGGGCCGUUCUCGGGUCGUCUCUUCGAGCGGCCGCAGCAGGGCUGUAUUUCUCCUCGCCGAGCGAGGUCCUCUUCUCAAAGCAGUAUUUUGUGCCCA